GAACCGGGAGCCGGGAGCGGAGCGGGAACCGGGAACGGGCGGCCGGGCUCGGGCCGGGCUCGGGCCGGGCUCUGGGGGAGCGGGCCCGCCGGGCCUUGCCAUGCUGGGUGCCCGGGGCGGGUGGCGGGCCCUCCGCCGCUGCGCCUCCUUGCCGCGGGCCGUGCGGCUGCGGGUGCGCGAGGCGCUGGGGGCGCGGGAGCCGGCGGAGGCGGUCCGAGUGCAGGGCUGGGUUCGCUCUGUCCGAUCCCAGAAGGAAGUUUUGUUCCUGCACAUAAAUGAUGGGAGUUCUCUGGAAAGCCUCCAGGUGGUUGCUGAUCCCAGCCUGGAAAAGAGAGACCUGACUUAUGGAAGUGCAGUGGAAGUGCAAGGGAAGCUUGUCAAAAGUCCUCAUAAGAUGCAAAACAUGGAACUGCAAGCUGAAACCAUUCAUGUGGUGGGACCUUGUGAUAUUUGGUCAUUUCCCCUGAAAAUGAAGGAGAGGCACCCACUGGAGUAUGUCCGACAGUUCCCUCACCUGCGCUGCAGGAACAACACGCUGGGUGCUCUCCUGCGAAUCCGCAGCGAAGCCACUGCCAGCAUCCACUCCUUCUUCCAGGAUAAUGGAUAUGUGCAUAUUCAUACCCCCAUAAUUACAUCCAAUGACUGUGAAGGUGCUGGGGAACUCUUUCAAAUUGAGACAUCAAGAGAGGCAAAGGAGUCUGUGGAGAAGAGCCAUUUCUUCAAUGUGCCUGCCUUCCUGACAGUUUCUGGCCAGCUCCAUUUGGAAGUAAUGGCAGGGGCUUUUACUCACGUGUUCACCUUUGGCCCGACGUUCCGAGCGGAAAACUCGCAGAGUCGCCGGCACCUGGCGGAGUUCUACAUGGUGGAGGCUGAGCUGUCCUUCACUGAAAGCCUUCAGGACAUCAUGCAGGUUAUGGAAGAUCUUUUCAAGACAGUGACAAGCACUGUGCUCUCCAAAUGUCCUCGUGAUGUUGAACUUUUUCAUAAAUACGUAGCUCCUGCACAGAAGACCAAGGACAGGUUGGAACAAAUACUGAAGCACAAAUUUAUGAUAAUUUCCUACAGUGAAGCAGUGGAAAUUUUGAAGCAAGCUCCUCAAACUUUCACUUUCAAGCCAGAGUGGGGCUGUGACCUCCAAACAGAACAUGAGAAGUACCUGGUGAAGCACUGUGGGGAGGUUCCUGUGUUUGUGGUUAACUAUCCAUACGACCUCAAACCUUUCUACAUGCGGGACAAUGAAGAUGGACCUCAACACACGGUUGCAGCUGUUGAUCUCCUUGUACCAGGAGUAGGGGAGUUGUGUGGAGGCAGCUUGAGAGAGGAGCGACUGCCCUUCCUUGAAUCACGCUUACAGAGAUUAGGACUCACAGAUGCCUAUCAAUGGUAUCUAGACCUCCGAAAAUUUGGAUCAGUUCCUCACGGAGGCUUCGGGAUGGGGUUUGAACGCUACCUGCAAUACAUCUUGGGAGUUGACAAUAUCAAAGAUGUUAUUCCUUUCCCCAGGUUUUCUCACUCCUGUCUCCUGUAGCUCAGCAGUUGACUCAUGUGGAGAAAACUGCUGGUGUAACUGUGUGUAUAUAACAUACCAUGAUAUGACUGGGUGUGUUUCAUGGGAAAUCAAGGUAAUUUUUACAUCAAUGAAACUCUUGGUCAAUUUAAUACUGGGUUAUUGAAAAUAAUAUAUGUUCUGGUGAGAUUAUGGAAGGACACUGGCAGUUAAUUUGAUAGCAGCUCAUGUCUUCAGUGCACUUCAGGAGUAUUAAUAAAUCCCACUUAACGAAAGGGUUACGAUUCUCAUGAGACUAGUACAUGCCAUGGAAGUACUGAACAAGCACUGAAGGUAGCAGGGAGUUUUAUGGGAAAUAUUAAUAAGGAAGUGUGACCUAAAAUAUUGUCGUGGCUGUGAUACACUUGCUACUGCUACAGUCAGGAAAUGGCUACUGUAAAACAUGAUUCUCCCCACAAUGAGUUAAAAACAAAUAUUGUUUACCUUGGAAAAAUCAGCCAAACCUAGCAAGGAACAAUGUCAUAGUGGAAUUGCUGGAGUGAGUUUGUUGAAUGAUGUUUGAUUUUGUGAAUCAUCAAUAAAGAUGUACACUGGGUUGUUUUAUAA